CCUGCGCCUCCGCUCCGUCCCCCGCAGGUCUGCUCCGUGUGCCAUGGACGGCAUCGUCCCAGACAUAGCAGUCGGUACAAAGCGGGGAUCCGACGAGCUCUUCUCCACGUGUGUCAGCAACGGCCCCUUCAUCAUGAACAGCUCGACUUCAGCAGCCAAUGGAAAUGAUAGCAAGAAGUUCAAAGGCGACAACAGGAGCACGGGGGUUCCAUCCAGAGUCAUCCAUGUCCGCAAGCUACCUAGUGAUGUCACUGAGGGCGAGGUCAUCUCCCUGGGGCUGCCCUUUGGGAAGGUUACCAACCUCCUUAUGCUGAAGGGGAAGAACCAGGCCUUCAUUGAAAUGAACACGGAGGAGGCUGCCAAUACCAUGGUCAACUAUUACACCUCAGUGGCACCCGUGCUGCGGGGACAGCCCAUCUACAUCCAGUUCUCUAACCACAAGGAGCUCAAAACUGACAGCUCGCCCAACCAGGCGCGUGCCCAGGCAGCCCUGCAGGCCGUGAACUCUGUGCAGUCUGGAAAUCUGGCCUUGGCAGCCUCUGCUGCUGCCGUGGAUGCUGGAAUGGCAAUGGCAGGCCAGAGCCCAGUGCUCAGGAUCAUUGUGGAAAACCUCUUCUACCCAGUGACCCUGGACGUGCUGCACCAGAUCUUCUCUAAGUUUGGUACAGUCCUGAAGAUCAUCACAUUCACCAAGAACAACCAGUUCCAGGCGCUGCUGCAAUAUGCUGACCCUGUGAGCGCCCAGCACGCUAAGCUGUCGCUGGAUGGCCAGAACAUCUACAACGCCUGCUGCACGCUGCGCAUUGACUUCUCCAAGCUCACCAGUCUCAAUGUCAAGUACAACAAUGACAAGAGCAGAGAUUAUACUCGGCCCGACUUGCCUUCUGGGGACAGCCAGCCUUCUCUGGACCAGACCAUGGCGGCAGCCUUUGGUCUCUCUGUUCCUAAUGUCCACGGAGCGCUGGCCCCCCUAGCCAUACCUUCUGCUGCUGCCGCUGCUGCCGCUGGCCGCAUCGCCAUCCCAGGCCUGGCAGGUGCAGGGAAUUCUGUCCUUUUGGUCAGCAACCUGAACCCUGAGAGAGUCACACCCCAAAGCCUCUUUAUUCUCUUCGGCGUCUAUGGUGAUGUGCAGCGGGUGAAGAUUCUGUUCAACAAGAAGGAGAAUGCACUUGUACAGAUGGCCGAUGGCAGCCAGGCCCAGCUGGCCAUGAGCCACCUGAAUGGGCACAAGCUGCAUGGGAAAUCAGUGUGCAUCACACUGUCAAAGCAUCAGAGUGUGCAGCUGCCUCGUGAGGGACAGGAGGACCAGGGCCUGACCAAGGACUAUGGUAGCUCACCUCUGCAUCGCUUCAAGAAGCCGGGCUCCAAGAACUUCCAGAACAUCUUCCCACCUUCAGCCACUCUGCACCUUUCUAAUAUCCCGCCCUCUGUGUCAGAGGAUGACCUCAAGAACCUCUUCUCCAGCAACGGUGGUGUGGUCAAAGGCUUCAAGUUCUUCCAGAAGGACCGCAAGAUGGCACUGAUCCAGAUGGGCUCCGUGGAGGAGGCAGUGCAGGCGCUGAUUGAGCUGCACAACCAUGAUCUGGGCGAGAACCACCAUCUGCGUGUGUCCUUCUCAAAAUCUACCAUCUAGAUGCACGUGGGCCUGCGACAGCUUCCACCAUUCCAGAAAAAGCCACUUUAAAAGCAGCUGAAGUGACCUUACAGACCAGAGAUUUUAUUUUUUUAAAGAGAUCAGUUUACCUGUUUUUAAAAAAAUUAAAUCUAGUCUACUUUGCUGUGGCGGUAAAUGGCUUAGGCCACAGAGGCCCAGUCAGGCCCGGCACCAUGCCUUGAGGAGCUCAGGCGUGAGGCCACAGCGGUGCCCCCAAACACAGCCGCUUUCUCGUGCCUUACAAAACCAGCCCACUUGCGGCCACACACUCACCCUCUCAAGCCACCAAGUCUGUCGCUAGACCUGCCGGUGAGCCGAGGCCUGCACUACAGGCCCCUAUGCCGUGCAGGAACCGUGGCCACCGCCCCCACCCCUUAUAAUCAAGUGACAUGAUUCUCCCAUGUCCCUGGCCUGCCCAGGAGGCCAGGCCAUCCUCAGCUGCCUAGCCUCAUGUGACCUUUGUAUUCUGUUCUCUGUGGUCACAGACACCUGUGCCUAGCAAUAUUUCCACUUGACCAAAUACCCAGAUCUUUUUCCAUUUAUAAGAGAUAGAGUUUUAAGUAACUUUUUAUAGCGAUGAUACAGUGGUAUGUGUGUACUCUUUAAGCUUCUGUGUCCCUGUGCUCAUCCCCUCCUUCCUGGUGACCAACUUCCGGGUAGGGCCCAGGCCAGUGCUGCCCCUGCCUGGGGAAAACAGCCCUGAGACCAUUGGGCUCCUACCUUCAAAUUUUGGACCAAAGUUGUUUUUUUGCCUGCCUCUGACUAGGCCCAGGUGAGGGGCUGACCUCCAGGCCUUAAUGCCCCUCGCGAUACGCCCAUGUCGUGCCUAGCCUGUCUCUAGGGGAGGGGUUCCCUGGACCUUGGUUCUGUGAAGGAGUGGCAAGAGUGUACAUAUUUAUGAUUUUUAUACCUGUGUGGGGCUGAGGCAGUGCAGCAGUUUUUUAUGGUGACAGAUAUAUAUUUUGGUAACAACUACAGGCUCAGUAUUGUCCCAGGGCCAGCCCUGGCUACAUUCCACCCUGUCCCAGAUGGUAUGUUGGGAAGUUUCCAUUAAAGCAGUUUUCUAACCUGUGCCUUCCCUGAGCCCUUCAUUCUGAGCUGUAGAGGUAUCGCCCGGGCUGGGCCUGGAUUCAAUAAAAUGCCUGUGUCCUGUGAAAAAAAAAAAAA